AAACCCCCUCCUUCCUCAUCGCUUCACCUGUGUUGAAUUCUAUCCACCCCCCAAAAAAAUGCUCCUCACUUCUCCCCCAAUCCUCCAAUUCAAAUCCCUAUCCCUCUCCACCCCCUUCCUCCAUGGCGCCGCCGCACCCCUCUUCAAACCCAGCACCUCAUCCGCCGCCGCCGCGGCGCCGCCGUCCUCCGUCAGCCUCCCAGUGAUCAGGGCAAUGCGGACGCUGCAAGGGCGGGUCGUCUGCUCCACCAACGACAAGACGGUGGCGGUGGAGGUGGUCCGCCUCGCCCCUCACCCCAAAUACAAGCGCCGCGUGAGGAAGAAGAAGAAGUACCAGGCCCACGACCCGUUGAACCAGUUCAAAGUUGGUGACUUCGUCCAGCUCGAAAAGGGCCGCCCCAUCAGCAAGAACAAGACUUUCUUGGCCGUGCCGGCUCCGGCCCGGAACCGCAACAAGUCCAAGGAGGAAGUCGCCGCCGCCGCCGCGGCGGCGGAGGGGGAGCUCGGUAUUCCUUUGGAGUCGGAGGUUUGAAGAAAUAAAAGGAGGAAGAGUUUUUUUUUUUUUUUCCUAGUGUUGUUUAUGUUUCUUUCUUUUUGUUAUUAAUUGUAAUGAUUAUUACAUUUAGUUCCGAUUUAUGAAGUUAAUUUUGCGAAAAAUGAAAAUGCUGUGUGUUUAA